CAAAUUCUGAAACUUUACAAGGGAGAUAAAAGAACUAGUGCUAAUGCGGAACUCAGCCACCCACUGUGACAGUCUGACUGAGGAACAGAGUCAGAGUCUUUAGGGACAGACCUGGAGUCCGUGUACAUAUUUGCACAGUGUAUUUGUGUAUGAGAGACUGUGUUUGUGUGUUUCAACAAAGUUUUUGACCUUUGAUUGGUUCAGAACAAAUAUGGCGUUUGUCAGGACAGAAAUGAAGCAGCUCUUCUUCCUACGACUCCUCAUCGCUUCCCUCCCAGCAUGCACUGGGCUUCCUGGAGGAGUGUUUGUGAGCAGACCUGAGGCCAGUGUCUUCUUGCAUCGUAGUCGCCGGGCGAACUCUCUGUUUGAGGAGCUGUGGCAUGGCAAUGUGGAGAGAGAGUGUGUGGAGGAGAAAUGUUCCUACGAGGAGGCUAAGGAGAUCUUUGCCCUGCCACAACAGCUGGAGGAAUUCUGGACGAGGCACACAGCAGUGGAUCAGUGCCUGUCAUCUCCCUGUAAGAACAGAGCAACGUGCACUAGCAACCCCAACACCUACGUCUGCAAAUGUCCACCUGGUUUCGUUGGACGCAACUGUGACAAAGUUCUUUCAACCUCCAAUGGUUGCCGCUACAAAAAUGGGGGGUGUGAACAUUUCUGCAGAGAGUUUCCGGAUCGGUCUUAUAUCUGUUUCUGUGCUCCAGGAUACAGGCUGGACCAGGACGACAACAGCACCUGCCUUCCUGAAGAUGAUGUUCCCUGUGGAAGACCUCUUUUGCAUUUUACCCCAAGGGUUGUUAAUGGGAAAACCUGCCCCAAAGGACACUGUCCAUGGCAGGCUCUGCUGACUGAACAUGACGUCUACACCUGCGGAGCCAUCAUCCUGUCCGAUCAGUGGGCUUUAACGGCAGCUCACUGCAUCUGGAGAAAACCUACCGCCAUCUUCCACAUCAUUGUCGGUGAACAUGACCGAGAGGAGAAUGAGGCGACUGAGCAGAGGCGACGAGUGGUCAGACACGUGAUCCACCACAAUUAUAACCAGUCCAGUUCCGACAGCGACCUGGCCAUGCUGAAGCUCUACCGCCCAGUCAAACUGGGACCCUACGUGGUACCCAUUUGCCUUCCUGCCUGGAACAGUACCUUCAGCCAGACACUGGCAAACGUCCGCUUCUCCACUGUAUCUGGUUGGGGUCGCCUGGCCCAGUCUGGCCCUCCUGCCAGAUUCCUCCAGUGCCUCGUGCUACCAAUGGUCCGUCUGCAGGAGUGUCGCAAGCACACCCAGCUCAACAUCACCAGGAACAUGCUGUGCGCUGGGCUGAGACAAGGCGGGCAGGAUGCCUGCGAGGGUGACAGCGGCGGUCCUCUGGUGACGCGCUACAAGAAAACCUGGUUCCUGACAGGUGUGGUGAGCUGGGGGAAGGGGUGUGCCAAUGAAAAUAUGUACGGUGUCUACACCCGAGUCAGCAGCUACCUGGGCUGGAUUGAGGACAUCAUGUCCACCAGCUGAACCUAAUGCACAGAUGCAAGCAGAUGUGAUGGUGUUUAAUUAAUUUGCUGAGUAUUUUCUCAUAUAAUUUGCUCUGUAGUUAUGACAAAUAGUGAAGCAUCACAUCAGAUCCUCCAACUAUCUGAAACCAAAACAUAUUCAAUCUACUGUCAUAAUAACAAAGACAAGCUGUAAACCUACACAUUUAAGUCAAUCUAUAAUUGAAUGUCAAAAACGUAACUGGUUUCUAAACUGUCAACAUUGUUAUCAGUUAAUUUUCUGUCAGUUUGCUUGUACAGUAGAUGCAUUAGCUUCUCAUUUCAGCUCUGAAGAUAACAUUAGAAACAUAUAGUUUAGAUACCACUGCAGUAUUUAAGUAUCCAAUUUCACCAGGGUCUAACAUCAUUAUCACUAUACUGAAUAAUGAUCAUAAACAAGAAGUGUUUAUGAGCUGCGUUUACCACACAGUUGAUGUUGAGUUUUUAUUCUGUAUCUUGUGAAAUUUAAAAUGUACAGGUUCAUUGUCAAAGUGUUUUUGGCUCAACCUACACUUUAUUAUACACAGAGAAAUGUUGAUUGUUUCAGGUACUGCAAAACAAUGUGUGUCAGAA